AUGUCGCUAACGAAUUAUUAUUCCAUGAUGGGUCUCCAGACCGAGGAGCCUUACGGUGCACAUUUCAUCCCGGGAGGCUUGCAGGGUUCGACGGCUGGCUGCGCAAAGCCAGGCCGGGGAGCAGAGGAGGAGGAGGGGACCCCCGGCUCACACAUCCCGGAUUUCUCUCAUUUUUCCAACAAACAGUCGAGUUUAAAUGGCUUUUCUCCUUGGACAAACACUUCCACUUCCUCUACUUCUUCUUCUCCGCAGCUGCAAUCCGCCCCCGGUGCGUCCAUCCCCGGCCUUUUUCAUCCACAUCACCUCCUGAGCCACCACCCCUACUACGGCCCGCAGCCUCAGACACACGCCGAACACCUUGCAUCCGCGUCGGACAGCAGGUUCGUACGCUGCUGGGAAGGGGCGAGCCCCACCUCGGAGACCGCUCUGUCGCAAGUUUCGGCCACUUUCCCCGCGUGUCUCCCAGCACAGGGUGACCUCUCUAAUCCGAGCCCGAGGUAUGAGACAAUUAAGCCCGAGAGUUCACCCCCGUCACACGACAGUCCCGAAGAUUCCAGCUUCGCCAGUCCGGCGGAGGUGGUCCUGGAGCGGCUUGGGACUGUAGAGGAACUGGGGAGGAAGCCUGAGCCAAAGAAAGAGGACGACGAGAGAAAAACACAGCAGCAGCAGCAGCUUGACCCGGAAAAUCCAUCAGCUAGCUGGAUCCAUGCCAAAUCGACCCGGAAAAAGAGAUGUCCUUACACCAAACACCAGACCCUGGAGCUGGAGAAGGAGUUCCUCUACAACAUGUAUCUGACCAGAGAUCGGCGCCUGGAGGUGGCAGGACUCUUAAAUCUGACAGAGAGACAGGUCAAAAUCUGGUUCCAAAACAGACGGAUGAAGAUGAAGAAGCUGAUGAUUCGGGAGAGGAGGAGUAUGAAUGAAUGA